GCGGGAGGAACGAUGUUUUUUAUAUUUUGUUUAUGCGCUUUUCUUUGAAUUGAAUGAAAUGGAUUACUUUGAUCAUUUGUUUUGUCAAUGGGUUGAUAUACCUAUAUAGCAGACUGAUGACGAAGCCAGAUGACUAGUAAAAGACGUUCAGCCAAGGAAUGCAGGGAUGUGCAUGACUUGCAGGCGGAGGGGGAUGUCGCGUUGUCACCUGAAGUGUGUUCACCAUCUCAGGGAAUCACCACGCUGAAGGAACUGUGUGAGCAACGAUGGAGAGAAAUCAAGCUGUCGGCUCAAAAGCUGUCCAACACAAACGUCAGGGCAGUGGAUGCUGACAAGUCUCUGUUGCAGAUACUUCAAGAAAAAGAAAAAUGUGUGCAGGCUGAAAUUAAGAUUCUGAAAACCUCAAAAGCAGACAGAUUGCCUCCGGAUCCUAAUGUUCAGUUCGAAGUCUUGAAGCAGGAUCUUCUCUCAAGUAUUGAACAGUUGGAGGAGACUCUGUCCUUAGCCGGGUCACAGGAGCAAGAGUUAAAAAAUUCAAUAGAGAAAGAACAAGAGUAUGAGCGACAGUUACUGACAGUUAACCAUCAUCUCGAGGAGAAAGUGGAAAGCUUCGAUGAUGGACCCAUGUCAAACACUCGUGAUCCACUGUCCGCUGUAUUUAAAGAACUGCAAGCAAAAAUAAAGAAAGUGGAGCUUGUUGAUAAACAGCUGUCAAAAGAUUUUGAUACAUUUUUGACGCAGCAUUUUCCACUACCCACCGAAAAUGAUCUGAAAGUGUAUAAGAAAACUCUGCGGAGGACAAACAGUGGUAAUGGUGCUCAUAAUUUACUGACUUUGAAGACUAUUCUUGAGGAAUUGAUGAACAAAUGUAUUGAUGAGCCCCAUGAUCCAUACAUUACCCUGACAGACUGGUACUGGUCACCGUACAUUGAGCUCCUUACGCGGUGUCAGAUAGUUCUACAUCACCCAGAUCAUGACAACAAAAUUAAGCUAGUGCCUUUCCAUUUGUGAAAAACCCCACCCCAGAAAACAGCUUCAAGGAUUUUCUUUUGUUGCAAAAUUCCUAAAUAAAAUUAUUUAUUCAACAACUUUUUUCCCCAAACAUUCUAAUUGUAUAUACAUGUGUACAUGUAUGUAAAUGUAUGUUGCAUUGUUAUGUAUGUGAAGGUGGUUUGUAAUGUUACUGUCGUGUAAAGUUACUAUUGCCAUAAAAUUAUUACUGGUUUUUGUCUCUGUUUUUUCUUUUUUUUCUUUUUAUCAGAUAGUGUUUUCAUUUAAAGCAAACAUGAAGAUUUGUUAGUCAAAUUUGUUAAGGUUCGAAUCAAAACAGCUGCCCAACAAAUGCUUCAUAUUUUAAAUUAUGUUUUGCUUUGAACAGUGUUUUACUUUCAACUGUGCACUCUGUGGAUGUUUCAUUUGUAGCAUUAUCAUUGUUUUAAAAAUCUAAAUGUUUUAGAUGUUUUUUUAAACCUUCUAUCCAUUACUUUGUAUUGUCAGUAGCAGUUAAGAAUAAGAUCCCAUGAUUCAGUAACCUAUUUUGUAAACAUUUAGUAUAAUUGAAUAUGAUGACAAAAAUUAAUAUUGUUCUUUCCUCCACAUUAUGCAGAAUUAAGUUGUCCACCCCAGGCCUCUGAGAAAUGAAAACUUGCGUAAACCAUAAAUGCAUUAUUCAAAAAAAAAAUUGGUAACUCCUAUUGUUUUAGGUAACCAUGAACAUGUAAAUGAUGUCAUAAAUUCAACGCACGAACGGAAAAUGGGUUACGCAAAUAUAUUUAUGCAAGCAAUGCGUCAAGGAUUGCUCUCGCUGUUUUCAGAAGCCUACACUCAUACUCGAUGGUAAACAAUAAACUGCUCUCCUGGAAUUAUGUAGAGGAGCUAUUGCUCUCAGUGUUAAAUACUUAGUAAUUUUGAGCAAAUAAAAUGGUGAAAUCAGCAUGUAAUAAUAUGAGCUGUUUGUUGGCCACAUGAAAAUCGUUUUACACGGGCACACGCCAGCAGUAGAAGUUGCUUGCGUCAAACUACAAGGACUGCUGUGUAAGACUAAAAUCGGUUUUGCUUUUCUUUAACAUUAAAAAUAAUACAUAGGCCACUUGUAGGCCAUGACCACAAUUCUUGGACUUGGAUAUUAUGUCAAUAGAACCCAUUCUAAAUGUAUAUUGUUCACUUUAUGGAAAAGCCCCCUAAAAGUGUUCUUCUCAAAUACUAUUAGGACUUUUAGCUGUGGUUUGAUGUACAAUGGUCAUAGGAUCUAUACUGCUCUGCAGACCCUGCAAUUAUUUCUCAAUCCAACCAGUACUUCACAGCCGUCUCUUGUUACUAAUGAGUAUGCAAGUUUCUUUUCUCACUGUAGAUAGGUGGUAACUAUUAUACUAGUAUGUAAUUGUUAGUCACUAACAGUUAUUGGUUAAUCUUGUCUUAUGUUUUUUGUGUUUUUUUAAAUACACAUGAUCAUUUUAUACAGAGUACAUAGUCUUCCAUUUGUGGGAAGGAAAAAUCAUUUUAUUUUUAAUAUUGAACUUGGAGAGAGACAGACAGACUAGUAUAUGUACAUAUACACAAGUACUAUGACUAUGCACUUUGUAUAACAAAUUUUAUUGUUGGCAGGUGUAAUCUGUUUUUAAUUAGACACAUUGUAACUUAGUUUAUGAAGUGUAUGUGUAGAUAUUAUGUGUCUGAUUUAUAAGAUGCUUGUGUCUAUAAAUAUAAUGCUUAUAUUGUUGUGUUUUUGUAAUAUUCUUUAAGAGGCAUGUCAUGAUUUGUUAGAUUACGUCAUUCUUCCAUCCCUCGUAAAGAAUAUUCCAUACAAAAGCAAAAUGGCAGUCAGGGAGGGGGCGGGGGAACUUAUGUGCAUUUUGGGUUAUUUUUAAAGACAAACCCAUUUAUCUUUAUCUCGAAUAAUGCAAGAGGUAGUUUAGUAGUAGAACACUCAUCUUAGAUGUGAUUGAUCUUUUAAGGUGAAUCCUGUCCCCCACCCCACCCCCAUGCCAACCAGUGAUCCAUGACUGGUGUAUCAAAGGUCACUUGUGCUAUCCUGUCUGUGGAUAAGUGCAUAUAAAAUAUACUGUGGUGCAGACAUUUACCUGUGGUAGCUUUGGCAUACCAAGAAACUAACUUGAAAAUAGGAUUCCCGUAUCCAAAAGGAAAUGCCUGUGGUAGCAGAUAUUCACAUAUGUGCUAUAUUUUUGUAAUACUACAUGAGUAUUACUUCACUGUCAAUGUUUUAAUUGACUUCAAUGUAACAUUUUCAUAUUGGUAACCUGCAUUAUAUAUGUUAUAUACCGGUAUGUGUUCAUGGAUCGCACUGUCCAAAAUAGCCUUUUGAAGACAGUUGGCUGCUUAUUACAGAUCAGAGUGUAGUAUGUUUUGGAAGAAUGCAUUUUAAACCAUGUGGCUGCUAGCUUAAACAGGCUUGAUUAUGUUGGGAUUUUGUUGUUGUAUUACUGAAUUAUUUAAAGUCUGGAUGCUGCAUGUAUAAACAUAAUAUUGUUAUUAUCUUUGCAUAUACAUUUGCACAGUAAAAUAAACAAAAAUAUGACUAAG